AUGAGGUAUCUGAUUGUGGUGGAUGAUGUAUGGGAAACCAGUGUUUUGGAUCAUCUCACUAGAUGUUUUCCUAAAAGUGAUGGAAGUGCAGUAUUGGUGACCUCUCGGCUAAAAGAGAUUGCUGACUACACUACAUCAGGUGCCAGUAAUCUUAUUCACAACUUGCAUUUUCUCGAUUCUAAUGAAAGUUGGGAUCUAUUUUGCAAUCACACUUUCUUGAAACAGCCCUUGGACUCUAAGUUCAACACAAUUGGAAGGAAUAUUGUUGGCAAGUGUGGGGGGCUUCCCCUGGCAAUUGCUGUAGCUGCUGGACUUCUAUCUCGACUCAGCAAAGUUGAAGAAUUGGAAAAUAUUGAGGAAGAAAUGAGCUAUCUUGCUUGUACAGAUAUUGGUGAACAAUGUUCAAGAAUUCUUAUUGUAAGUUACAAUCAUUUACCUCAGCAUUUGAAAGCUUGCUUUUUAUAUUUAGGAGUUUUUUCAGGCCAUAGUGAAAUUCCUGUUAAAAAGCUUGUUAGGUUAUGGAUUGCCGAGGGGUUUGUGAAGAAGUCGGUGAGGGAUAAGGAAUUGGAAGAAGUGGGUGUUGGGUAUUUACAAGAUCUUAUUAGUAGAAGCCUAGUCCAAAUUGAAAAACUUAAAUGUGAUAGCCAAAUCAAGACGUGCAGCAUGCAUCAUCUCCUGCACGUACUUUGUGUGAGACAAGCAAGAAACGAAAAACUUUUGCAUGUUGAAGACGAUGGUUUUGAUAUGUCUAGCAGUAACUCCAAAAAAUCCUGUUGUGGUGCUUAUCGUUGGCUAAGUUUCAGAUCAUCAAAGCCUGAGAAUUUUCAUUUGUGCAACAGUAGUUUCAAUAGAGCCCGUUCUGUUUUGUGUUUGCAUAAUGAUGAGAUGCCAAUGGUGGAUGAUCCAAAGCUUGUAAGCUUCAGCUUAUUAAGAGUUCUGGAUUUGACUUCUCCUUUAUACAACAAGGGAGUUCAUUUGUCUUUCAAAAAUCUUUCCAAUAAUCUAGUUCUUCUUGAAUACCUAGCUUUUAUGUCUAAUAGGUCUUUGGGCUUCGAGGGUCUUGACAUUGCACUGUCUAAGAAUCAAAAACUGCACACGCUUGUUGUUUGGCAUAGUGCAGUUGGCUGGAGACCGAAUUAUUCCCUUUUGCCCUCCGCAAUUUGGCGGUCACCACAAGUAAGGCAUCUGGAGUUUAGAAAUUGCUUUAGAGUAGAGCCUCCAAGCAUAGUGAAAGAGAACUUGCAAAGUUUGUAUUGGUUGAGCAUAUUUCAUUGCACAGAGGAAGUUAUUUCGAAGAUUCCCAACAUAAAAACACUGGGGAUUUUUUGUGAAGGUAGAUUGAUUCCAGACAAUGGUGUGUCGUGGAAUGGUGCUACCAGCUUAGAAAAUCUAUGUCAUUUGAAUCGACUUGAGGCUUUAACUAUUGAAGCUGAGUAUGCCAUUCCUAAGUGUAUAUCUCUUCCGGGUAUAAAUGCAUUUCCCUGUAACCUUAGGAAGCUAAAAUUAAGCAAGACUUAUUUGCCUUGGAAGGAUAAUAUAGCAACAAUUGCCUUGUUGCCUAGAUUAGAGAUCUAA